AGGUAUCCCAUCUUUCGACCCAUCAGCACAAGACCGAUGAUUGAGGUAGACCAUGUGAUGCUAGUCAUGAUCACCGCCUUUGCUUUUGUGUCCGUGCUUGCGGUCGCACCCCUGCACGGUGCACUCGUCCGCUACAGGGUUAACUAUGUGCCGAAAACUGUGCGCCUCCUUUCCUCGGACGAUGAGCGCGGAGGCCAACCUGAAGAGAGUUCGCUCCGUCCGCAUGUCCCAGGGUUCUUCCGCACGCUUGGAAGAGUAAAGAAGAUUGAGGGCUGGGCUGGCAUGUAUAAAGGGAUCAUGCCCCGACUUAUGGCACCUGUCGUCGCGAUGCUCCUAGUCAAUCUUAUCACUCUCGGGGUCAAUGGCAGCAACGGCUUCAACAGCCCGGGUCUCAUUUGGCGUCUGCCCGUCCUGAUCUUGAUAAUGCCUCUAAUCAUUCUCAUCAACCGAUCGAUCAUUACGCCUUACCGUCUCCCCUUCUUCGGACCUACACGCUCUCUCCGCAUCAUCCUCUCCGACGCCGAGCGGCGAGCGCCUUGGAUACUUUUCUUGACACCUGGCCUGCUGAUCGCCCAGGCCUUGCAAGUGUCCUAUGCCGUCGGCCUUGUGUAUUUCCGCCGCACGCUCAUGCCCAACCUCACUAUCUCGUCCUCAUCUGUGCGCUUGAAAGAUAUAUCUCCGAUGUGGCCCGUUUUAUUUGUGGGCGUCGCCCUGCUGAGCACGCUAGUGUUGACCCCGUUGGAGGUCAUUGCAGCGCGGGUGUCCGUUCAGCCUAACUUCACGGCCUCAGAGCCUAAGCCAGCUCCAGGAGCAGGAACGGAGGCGGACAUCAAGGCAGUAGGGGCGCUGUAUAACCCUGACGAAGAUGUGAUCAGGCUGAGGGGGUCGGAUGAGAUGGACCCAGGCCCAUAUACCGGGUUCAUCGACUGCGGCAAGCGUAUCAUCAUAGAGGAAGGAUGGCGUACGCUGUAUCGUGGCUGGUGGAUCACGCUCAUAGCCUGCUUAUCUGCAGCAUGAGGAGUCUGAGGUUUGCAUGCAGAUAGUUGGAUGGUUAUUACGGUCGGUGGUCCGUUGUACUUGCUCGAAAGCUCGCAUAUGCCAACUCUUUCAUCGCCCCUCCC